GAAGCUCAGCAGUACCAGAGGAAGAAGUGUGCAAUGACGAGUUUGCGGGUGCUCGAGCUUUACAGUGGGAUAGGAGGGAUGCAUUAUGCUGUUAAGGAGAGCGGCAUACCUGGCCAGAUAGUGGCUGCCAUAGACAUAAACACCACAGCUAAUCAAAUCUACAGGCACAAUUUCCCCGACACCCCCCUCUGGAACAAGACCAUUGAGGGCAUUACACUAGAUGACUUCAAUAAAUUAUCUUUUGACAUGAUUUUGAUGAGCCCUCCUUGCCAGCCUUUCACUAGGAUAGGACUUCAAGGUGACAUUGCUGACCUCAGAACCAAGAGCUUUCUCUACAUCCUUGAUCUUCUGCCAAGGCUGAACAGGUUGCCCCGCUUCAUUCUGCUGGAGAAUGUGAAAGGCUUUGAGAGCUCCUCUGCCAGGGAACAUUUGGUGAAAACAUUGAAGGAAUGUGGAUACACUUUCCAGGAGAUCAUGGUCUCACCCACAAGUGUUGGGAUCCCAAAUUCAAGACUGCGUUAUUUCCUGAUAGCGAAGAUUUCAACAGGAAAGGUAUUAGAUGCCUUUCCACGUCUUGCUGAGAGUGAUUCCCCUGAGCAGCCCACACUCUUGCGUCCUCCCCACCCAGGUUCCUGCCAGCCAGAGGAGGAAAUGCAGGGGGGUCAUUUCCUGUAUAAAUUAGAGACACAAAUGGAUGCCCAGAGGAAGGAAAAUCAGAACAAUGAUCUGUCUAUCAGACAGAUCCAAGACUUUUUGGAACCACAGAUGGAAGUAAACAUGGAACACUAUCUCCUUCCUUCCAAAAUACUGCUGCGAUAUGCUCUGCUGUUGGACAUUGUUCGGCCCACAUGCAGGAGGUCUGUUUGCUUUACCAAAGGCUAUGGGCGGUAUGUCGAGGGAACGGGCUCAGUACUACAAUGCUGCAUGGAAACAGAGAUGGAGAGUGUGUUUAGAGGUCUGGACCAAUGCUCUGGACAGGAGAAACUCCAGAGACUGUUGAAACUGAAGCUUCGGUAUUUUACUCCCAGAGAAGUUGCCAACCUCAUGGGUUUCCCUCAAAGCUUCUCCUUUCCAGAGCAGAUCCCGACCAAGCAGCGGUACAGAGUCCUAGGAAACAGCCUCAAUGUUGUGGUAGUGGCCAAACUCUUACAGCUGCUGGUUUCCUAGCUCUUGAGACACACUGGAGGUUGACACCAUGUUAUUUGUCACUGUAGAUCAUAUGACAGGUGCUCUCUGCCCAAUAUCUCUGUUUGCUAAUGUACACUCUGGUUUUUGAUGGGGAUGUUCACUGUGUAAGUUACUUACUUACAACCAUUACAUGUCUCUUGUUACACAUUACAUGUCUACAAGUUUUUUUUUUUAAUGAGUGCAAUAAUAAUA